AUAGCUUUUCAGAAUAAAUUCCCAAGCUUAAUGGACUAUCCCCUUGUUACAGGUGUGGUUUCAGAAUCGCCGCGCGAAGUGGAAGAAACGCAAGAAGACAACGAACGUGUUCCGCACCCCCGGCGCCCUCCUGCCCUCCCAUGGCCUGCCGCCCUUCGGGGCGAUGGGCGACGGCCUUUGUGGAUCCGGAAUGUUCACCACGUCGGACACGCGGUGGGGCGCCGUCGCUGGAAUGACCACCGGAUUGGGCCAAUUAAGCCAAGGAUCGAUGGGCGGGUUUGGCCAAUCGCUAGGCCAACUCAACCAAGGAUCCGGCCUUAGCUCAGCACUUCCUAUCAGUUCGGCUAGUACGGUUUACCAGGCGCACUAUGGACUUAACUCCUUAGGGGACAGCAUGAUGUCGUACUGCCAAACAACCCCUGUAUCAUCUGCAGGGGGAGGAGGGGGCGGCAACCCUCCCUCAAACGGCCCUGCAUCACCACCCCCUCCCUCCCUGCCACAAUGCUCUUCAGCGGGGGGUACACCACCAGUAGCGUCCGCGUCAUCCCCAGGUGGAGGAGUCCAAGAAGAGGAGGACGUAUGGCGUGGGCAUAGUAUCGCAGCUCUACGUAGACGUGCUUCAGAGCUGAAUGCUGCGAUACCUGCUUAUCUACAAGUACCAUACGAUACUCAUACCAAUGCAUCUGUAUACUAAAGUAACAAAAAGCUGUAUUGUGACUAUUCCAGAAGUAAAACUGUUUAACUUUAAAGAAUACUGGGAGUGACUUCUAAAUAUGCUAUGGGGCGCUUUUUGAUCAGUGAUAUUUCCAGAAACCGAAAGAUGUUGUUAAAAGCUAAAAAUAUACAAAGAACAACAUGCGGGGAUUAUUCAUUAAAAUAUGGGUGAGUCCUAGCGUACAGCAAAUAUGAUUUUAUGUCUAAGCAAUAUUUUUUCUUGAAAUUUAUUUAAGAUAUUAUUCCGUUCUGUGAACGAAAAUAUGUAAUAAGAUUUGUGGUUUUCUAACCGGUGAUUCAUUUGGAGGCCUCUUUUCAGAAGAAAAAACAUAACAAUAGUUCAUUGAACGCGAUUAUAAUUAUUAUCCAAGGCAAGAAGCAUUUAAGGCAAUCACCUUUUUAAAAUUAUUUAUUUUUGAAUGACGGCUGUUAGUGCAUUCACCUGGUCCGUUCUGUAGUUCCGAUUUUCGAUAAUGCGCCUAAGCAUUUUAGGUGGUAUUUAAGGAGAGCUAUUGGACCCGUUUUGUUGCUUGCUGAAAAUCAAGCACAUUAUUAACAUUAGUUUUAACAAGACGACACGGUACUUGCAGCUCAGCCUACGAUAUAAUCCCUUUACUGCCGCAAUAAUUUGAUGAACAGCUAAUUUCUCAUGUCGGACCAAAUAAUUGACCUCUUGGAUAAUGUGAUGUCACACCCUUAGACGUUUUCAUUGGGGCCUGUAUGUCUACAUGAAUAAGAAACAAUGAGAAAUAAUAAAUCAGAAUUAUUCGCUGAAUACGGAACGAACACAUCAUAGAACUUGGAAUCCAAAAAUGGACACGUUGCCUGAACCGACGACCAACAUUUAAAAAUAAGAUUUUCAAAAAUGAAUUUCGUUGAUGCUUCUUUUUUUCAAUAAUAAAUAUAACUCGUCGGAGUUGGUAUUUGUAAUUUUGUGUGCUUUUAAAAAAGUACUCAUUGCUAGUAACGUCACAAUAGAAAUUAUCAUAAUACAUCAUCAUUCUUAUGUAAAUUAUUGAAAUCUAUAUUAACUAAACGUCAUACUUUUGGCUUUUCACUUGAUUCUAUAAGCAACAUUGAUUUCGACUUCAACCAGUGGUUAUGUAAAUGUGAAAACUUGACUUCCAAGACAUAAUUCAGUCAAGGUAAAUAAAAUUGGGAAAUACCGUAAUAUGUAUUUAGUACAUUUUAUCAGCCUGCUCAAUACAUUGCGAAACUUGUUUAAUUUUUUGUGACAAAACGGUAACUCUUGGUUGUGGUAUUUUUUCAUAGUAUACCGUUCCAGCACUCGUAUUAACAAAAGUUGGAGCAACUUUUAUAUUGAGCAUAUCCAAAAGAUAGAACAGUAUCACCAUCUUUUUCAAUAGUUCAGGGUCGCACACUGGACAAGAAGUGCAGUGGGUCCAAUGGUGCUUACAUUGUGUAAUAUUCAAUGUUCAGCUAAAACAAAAACUGCUCUGCCUUUUUGCAUUACCAUAUGUCUAAUAUAUGUUAUUCUGGAUUAUUUGACGAAGAAACUAUAACUGCUACAUAAUUUUACUGCUGACGAAAUUGGUUUCUUUUUUAAUAACAAUUUGGCUUACUAUGUUAGGAUUUCCAGGGGAAGAUUAAAACUCAGGCGAGUUUUAUUCUUUCCCUGAGGAUCGGAAUGUUUGGCGAGUGGUAACACCCUGACGCAGUCAUAAUGGUCUACUUACUCGACAGUAUACGAAGUAAUGUUUACGAAUAUGCCAGCCUUCCGAAAACUGUUUUGACAAACAAAUAGAAUAACUGUAAAGCCAAAACAUAGGCUUAUACUGCAUCAUAUUUUAUUGCAUCUUUUACUUCUAGAACGUCAUGAAUCUGGAAUACUCUACUUGAUUAGUUAGAACUUGUACUAACAAAAUUUAGCUUUUUUUGACGCCUCUAAUAAUAUAUUCACUGAGACUUUUUCAUGUUUAUUGUUUUUGGUCGAAAUGACACUGGUUAAUUUGUUAAUAGAAUUUAAUUAAAUAUGAACUACUCAUAUCCAUGAGUAUACCUUCGGUGAAGAUCUAGUCACCUACACACUAUCUUGUUUUGAGACUACGUAUACGAUGUAAGAUAAUAUAAUCUGUACAAAGAACAAUAAUAAUAACUGUCUGAUAGAUGUUUAUUUUCAAUGCGAAUCUGUAAAAACUCGAUUUUGUCCGUAAGUGUUAAGUAGAGUAACUUACGUGCUCCCUUGUAUACGUUAUUGCUAAUAUAUAAUAAUAAAUGUAUCAGCCCAAAAUGGAUGAGUUUGAUGAAUCAAAUUCCAAGUAAUUAAUGUAACGAUUAUUUUGAAACAAGUCGCCAAUUUUCGCCAACAUUUGUAUUUAUUUUUAUUUUUGUUGUCCUGUGAACUUGUCAGUAGCAUUGCUCUGAUUUCAGUGGAGCUUCAAACCAUUUCAGAAUGAUUAUUAAAAAGUUGCGAUUUGCCAGAGUGUUAUUUGGAAAUUAUUCAUCAAUUUCGUCCUUCCAUUCAUAAAGCAUUAAAGAUACAAUACUUUUGUUAUCUGAUUACAUUUCUUUCUCAACUUAAUUCUCUACAGUUUAUCGCGCAAUGUUUUUCCUCCGAUAUACACGUGUGAGAUAUGGUAGAGGGAAGACUGACUUCCUUACCUGGUAUUCCACAAACACUAACAGCUUUUCUGAACGAAAUACUUGGGCUAGGGAAUAACAACAACUGAACGAAUGUAUACAGCGUCCAGGUGACCCUACGCGCUAUUAGGGAAGUCUGGCGAUAGAGCAAGUGUUUUUUUUAGUUGAAAAAAUCUCACCCUCCCUUACUUAUUUCUUACUGUAUAAAAAAUUUCGUUCAAACCAAAUCGUUUUUACUGUUAGUGAAUAUAUACAUAUUACAAUACAUUUUUUUAAAUGCGCAAUAGGAAGGUAUUGAUACUUUGCUUGAUGCUAAAUGACUACACAUACGAUUGAGACAAAUUCAAGAGAAUGUGGGUUAUAAAGUAAUGUAAAUAUUUCGUUACUGUACUCUAUCAUACUUACUAUUUUUUUAGCUAUGGCAUGCGCAUGACGCGUCAUCAAUAGCAUUUUUUUUAAUGAAUUGGUUCCAUGUUCAAAUGGCCGCUGUUACUGUGUGUAUAUUAUUAAAAUUGUACUUGUACAGUUGUAGUUUUUGAAUGAGUGAUGAUAAGAAGAAUAAACUAGAAAGAAACUUGCUAUUACCAGUAAAGUAGAAUUGUCUGUAAUAUAUCAAUUUCCGUUUCAGUGACUUAUGUAUACUAAGUGUGUAAAAUAGAAAUGUUAUAUAUAU